AUGGUAUUGAAGAGUACUCGUUUUUUUGGACAGUUUUCCCAAUAUGCUGCAAAGUCGAUGAACUCCUUAAUAGGAAAAAAAUCCUGUAUUUUGAUACCACACCAUUUGAAGAUCCACUCACAGGUCCCUUUUGCAAAGUCACAGUUAAUGAAGAGGUGGAAUAUCGAUUUCUCACAUGUCAGAGUUUUGUUGAUAUUACUAGACCAUCCUUUAUACUUUUCACGACUCGUGGAGAGCUACCAGAUCACCCACUGGAGCAACCACGAACCACCCCACCACAGUCGGAGUACUCUCCGGCACAACGAUCCAUCACGAAAACGACGAACCACGACCGGCCGGGGUGGUGUGCACGGUUGUUGUCCGUGGCCACGUAGACCACGACCGGCAAACUCUCUACGGGAAUCAUUCUCCGGGGAUUCAAAUUGGUUGUAA